AUGCCCAAACAAGCCCAAGAAGAUGUUCUCAAAUCCUACGAAGAGAUUCUGCCACCCAACGUUUCACAGGGGGAGGCAACCGAAUUUUACAAGGGAGUGAACGAUGUUGCAUAUGCCAUAUCACGGCUUCCAUUGGGUACACCUCGAGCAUUGAAAGUGAUCUGCGUUGGUGCAGGCUUCAGUGGCUUGGCGUUCGCAAGAGAGGUUGAACUUGGCAACCUGACCAACGUGAAUCUCACGGUAUACGAAAAGAAUGCCUCAGUUGGAGGAACUUGGUAUGAGAAUAGGUAUCCCGGAUGCGCUUGUGAUAUUCCUGUGCAUAACUAUCAGUACUCUUGGGCUCCGUGUCCUUACUUCAAAAGCUACUAUGCUACCGGCAGGGACAUCCACACAUACAUCGAAGCAGUCGCCGAUCAGCACAAUCUUCGAAAAUACGUGAAGGUCUCUCACAAGAUUAUCGGCGCUAAGUGGAUUGAGGAAAAACAAAAGUGGCAAGUGAAGAUUGUCGCAACCGACGGCAGAGACCUGAUGGUCAGCAACCGAGUAAACAAAGACGGAGAAUCUGGAGAGCCUUUCAUUGAAGAAUGUGACGUUUUCAUUAACGCUGGAGGAUGCUUCAAUGACUGGAAGUGGCCCAGCGUUCCGGGUAGAGAAACCUUCAAGGGUGAAAUGAUCCAUUCUGCUGCUUGGCCGAAAAAUGCCCAGCUUAAAGGCAAAACUGUCGCUCUGAUUGGCAACGGCAGUACGGGUGUCCAAAUUCUACCUAAUAUUCUUGAAGAUGUGGAAAAGGUUUAUGUUUACAUUCGUAGUAAGACAUGGGUGACGGCCAGCUUUGCUCAGAAGUUUGCUGGUCCGAAUGGCGCGAAUGUUUUCUUUUCAGAAGAGCAAAAGGAGCAUUGGGCCAAGCAUCCUGAUGAGUAUCUCCAGUAUCGGAAGGAGGUUGAGUCAGAGUUGAAUUCUCGUUUCCGUCUUUAUCUCAAAGAUUCAGAGGCGCAGAAACAGGCCCUCGAAUACUCUAUCUCUCAGAUGACUGAGAAGCUCUCUGCCAAGCCAGAAGUCGGUCAGAAUUUGAUUCCAGAGUUUGCUGUGGGCUGUCGGCGCACAACACCCGGAAACGGUUAUCUCGAGGCUCUCUGCUCACCCAAAGUUGAGAUCAUCUGGGGGGGCGUCGAAUCAUUCAAUGAGACUGGUCUUUUGGCAACAAAUGGUCAGCAAAGAGAUGUUGACACGAUAAUCUGCGCUACAGGCUUCAACAUGUCUUUCUCACCUCGUUUCCCUAUUAUCGGUCGCAAUAAUGUCAACUUGCAGGAGAAAUGGGACGACAACCCCGAGUGCUACCUCUCAGUUACCGCUGCUGAUAUGCCAAACUACUUCAUCUACCUUGGUCCAGCUAGCCCCCUUGGACAUGGCAGCGUGGUCAGCUCCCUCGAGCGCGUGACAGAGUACAUUGCUCAGUUCGUCCGCAAACUUCAAACGGAGAAUUACAGCGCUGUUAUGCCAAAGCCACAUAUUCCUCGUGCGUACCAACGCCAAGCUUUGGCCUGGUUGGAGAAAAGUGCCUGGAGUUCCAAUUGCGCAUCGACAUACAAGAAUGGUAAACCAGACGGUCCUUUGAUCUCACUUCAUCCCGGGUCGAGAUUGCAUUAUUUCCAGCUUUUGAGUCGCCCUCGCUGGGAGGAUUUCGAGUGGACCAGCCUGUGUGAGGAUGAAGAUCUCACAUUUGCCUGGCUAGGUAACGGUUUUAUCGUUGAGGAAUGUAAAGAGGAGACAGAAGAGGAUUUGACGUGGUUUAUUCCCCCAGUUCAGGCCGACAAAAUGAUUAAAGCAACAUUUUGA